AGGAAUCGGUCUUUUUGCCCGCUGAUCUCUUGGCAGUAGCAUAUUUCUAAGCCGCUGGCUCACCGCUGUUCAAUUUCUGUCAAAUUUCAGGCAUUGAUUAAGUCGGCUAGCACUCGAAACCAUGUCACACUUCAAGGAACCAGGUAAGGGAGGACCCGCGGAGGAGUCUACAGCUCAUCGUAUCCGCAUCACCCUGACCAGCCGUAAUGUCAAGAAUUUAGAGAAGGUGUGUGCUGAUCUGAAGCGUGGUGCUCAGGACAAAAACCUAGACGUCAAAGGACCAGUUCGCAUGCCUACAAAGACUCUGCGUAUCACAACCCGUAAGACACCCUGUGGUGAAGGGUCCAAGACAUGGGACAGAUUCCAGAUGCGCAUCCACAAGCGUCUCAUUGAUCUUCAGAGUCCGUCUGAGAUCGUCAAGCAGAUCACCUCAAUCAGCAUUGAACCAGGAGUGGAGGUUGAAGUAACCAUCGCCGACGCUUAAACUCUAUGCUCACAAUUCAAACCAUGAGAUUUUGUAAUCCAUUGGUAGAUCUAAUGUAUGACUUGGUAAAAUGACAUGAGCUUUCAUAUGAAGUUACAAUAAAGUCACAUUCAGCUGUGAAGUGAAAAGGAAA